AUGAUACAGAGGACAUUUGUAGUUGAUUAAGACUAGUGGCAGCAAGAAGAUGUGUUGAAAAAAAUACACAUGGUGUUUUUUGUUAGAGUUACAUGGGGGUGUCUUACCCCAGGGGGCGUCUUGCCCCAUGUUACCCUAAGUAUUAUUUCACCCAAAUAUGAAUCUAAGAAUAACUAUCCCAUUAAGGUGAACGAGUGAAUAUCUGGUAAAUUCCUACUUCAAUUUGGUUACAAAAGCACCUUUAAACUGUAUUCUAAUAAUUCAAUAAUAAUUACGCUAUCAACAGUAUGACAACAGAUUGUUGCUUCCUUCCGCGUUGUUCCAUGUGGUCCCAGUAGAUUUUCCAGAAAGGGAUGUGAAAUUAACACAAGAGUUACGGCACGAGUUGGCAGCGCAUGGCUACUGACAUUAUCCCUUGCAGUCAGUCAAUACUACAUCGCAUGGUCCUCACGUACUGGGCAGUUGUUGUGAAUCGGAGAAGACGGCGUUUAGUUCCCUUGAAUGUUUGCUACGUCCCGGAACUAUUUGUGCUGAACGAUCCGUUCUAGCAACAUUCUUCAACUUUCAGGGACAUUUACUCCCGUUUAGUGGGUGUGGCGAGGUGUGGCUUGAAGCAAUGAGUGACUUUUUAAAGGAUAUAGGCAAUGCUGACAGUGUUACCCAACUGGUCUUUUAAAUCGUGGCUAUCAGUUCAGUAUUAUAUUGUUUCAGGUCACUUGAACGCACCAGAACGUAAAAUCAAUUUGAACGCAGCUCAAUCUGGACGCUCUGUCUGAAGUAAAAGUCAAGACCCUUCAAAGCGUCAAUGCGGGUACCCCUGCCGGAGAGAGAGAAGACACACGUUUCUGCCGCAGCGCCAACAGAAGGAAACGCUAUCACACCUUAUUUGAUCUCUUAUUCAGACAUGGUGGAUACUCAGAUCCUGGCAUGGCCGAUGGGCUUCAGUCUGACUCAUGAAUAUUUGGAGGGGUUGGAUGACAAUUCUCACUCUCUGGACAUGAAACCAUACACCACCCUGGACUACACCACCCUCGACUACACCACUCUGGACUACGAGCAUGUCCACAUCAAGCCACAACAUCACCAACCCAGCUCCUCCCUUCCCCAGGACCACCAACCCAGCUCUUCCCUUCCUCAGCACCACCAACCCAGCUCCUCCCUUCCCCAGCACCACCAACCCAGCUCCUCCCUUCCCCAUCACCACCAACCCAGCACCUCCCUUCCCCAGCACCACCAACCCAGCUCUUCCCUUACCCAGCACCACCAACCCAGCUCUUCCCUUACCCAGCACCACCAACCCAGUUCCUCCCUUGCCCAUCACCACCAACCCAGCACCUCCCUUCCCCAUCACCACCAACCCAGCUCCUCCCUUCCCCAUCACCACCAACCCAGCUCCUCCCUUGCCCAGCACCACCAACCCAGCCCUAGCCCCACCCAGCCCCUGCGUUAUGAGCUCAGUCCCAGCCACCUAAGCUCCAGCCCGGGCCGGGGUUACCAGGCCUGCUCUAGCCCUCCAAUGGACCACCACCUCACGCACAUGGAGUUUAUAUACAACCCUACCCGGCAGCCUCAGCCUGGACAAGGUUGUAUAAAGCUGGAACCAGAAUCUCCUCCUCAGCAUCCAGACAAUCUUCUGUACAGUAAGCUUCAGGAUGACACCACAGCCUCCAUACUCAACAUUGAGUGUCGUGUCUGUGGAGAUAAAGCUUCUGGUUUUCACUAUGGAGUCCAUGCCUGUGAGGGUUGUAAGGGUUUCUUCCGGCGUACUAUCCGAUUGAAGCUGGUUUAUGAUCACUGUGACCUGCAAUGUCGCAUCCACAAGAAGAGCCGUAACAAGUGUCAAUACUGUCGCUUCCAGAAAUGUCUGAUGGUGGGCAUGUCUCACAACGCCAUUCGUUUUGGCCGGAUGCCGCAAGCUGAGAAGGAGAAGCUCCUGGCUGAGUUCUCUACUGACAUGGAUACCAUGCACCCAGAUGCUGCAGACCUGAGGAACCUGGCCAAGUUGCUGCUGGAGUCAUAUCUCAAGUACUUCCCACUUACAAAAGCCAAGGCCAGGGCAAUCCUUUCUGGGAAGAAUGGGGACAAUGCGCCAUUUGUGAUCCACGACAUGAAGUCUCUGCAGGAGGGAGAGCAGUUCAUCAACUCACGGCACAUGCCCAUCCAUGUUCUCCAGGAACCCAGAUAUGAGGAUGGGGCUCUCUGUGGACUAGGUGGAGGUCUGGCAGGAGGAGUUGGUCUGCCCACUGACGAGGUUCAGCUCAGGUUCUUCUACAGUUGCCAGUCGCGCUCUGCUGAGGCUGUCCGGGAGGUCACAGAGUUUGCUAAGAGCAUCCCUGGCUUUGUGGGAUUGGAUCUAAACGAUCAGGUGACCCUGCUGAAAUAUGGUGUCAUUGAGGUGCUCAUCAUCAUGUGGGCCCCACUCAUGAACAAAGAUGGGACUCUGAUCUCCUAUGGACAAGUCUUCAUGACGAGAGAAUUCCUGAAGAGCCUCAGGAAACCAUUCUGUGACAUGAUGGAACCCAAAUUUGAAUUCUCUGUCAAGUUCAACAGUCUGGAGUUGGACGACAGUGACAUGGCACUGUUCCUCGCUGUCAUCAUUCUCAGUGGAGAUCGUCCAGGCCUGCUGAAUGUGAAGCCUAUUGAGGAGCUACAGGAAACAGUACUUCACUCUCUUGAGCUACAGCUAAAACUCAACCACCCAGAAUCCUUGCAGCUCUUCGCCAAGCUUCUCCAGAAGAUGACGGAUCUGAGACAGAUUGUAACAGACCAUGUUCACUUGAUCCAGCUGCUGAAGAAGACUGAGGUGGAUCUGUGUCUUCAUCCCCUGAUGCAGGAAAUCAUGAAGGACCUGUAUUAGUUGGCCCCCUG